GAGGGCAGAGGGCAGCUGCUGCUUAAAAAGCCGAGUUAGGUGGUGAUUCCAGAAAGGCGGGCGCCAACUCACCCGAUUCCAGCAAACAAACAAAAAAAAAAGCCCACCCGGCCCAACUAUUCUCCCACUCUCCAUCUUUAUUCCAUUUGGGGUUUCAGUAGUAGCUCUCUCUCUCUCAUACAAUCAAUCACACACAUAAACAUAAAUAGAGAGAUACUAUCACCGCGCGGAUCUGUUUCGAUCAACCAACCCUCCCUAAUAAACUUUGGUUCCUCGCCACAUUCCCGAUUCGGGUUUUUCUGGGUUUUGGUUACUUGAUCGAUCGCUCUGCCUCCAAAUAUGUCUUCUUACGCAUCUCAUAUCAUCCACCACUCCAAAAAGUUAAGGAAUGCUCCCAACUUACUAAGGCAUGAUCGUGCCCUCUUGGUGCGUUGUUUUUCACACAAUGCUCAACCCACUACUGGUAAGACAAAUAUACGUAAGGUUCAUUGUCAUGGUUUUGCGCCUUUGGGAGGAGAAACUAGGUCGUUCAGCAGUAGCACUAAAUCACUGUCUGGCACAUUCACCAGGAAUGUCUCAACAACAAUGAAUAUGGGGAGUUCAAUUUCUGGAUCAAUAUAUAACAAUCAGAUUUCAUGUUUGCAGGGACAAUUGAGGAGAGGCUUUUCCUCUGAUGCAGGCCUUCCUCCGCACCAAGAAAUUGGAAUGCCUUCUCUUUCACCUACUAUGUCUGAGGGUAAUAUUGUAAGGUGGUUGAAGAAAGAGGGUGAUCAAGUUUCUCCUGGUGAAGUGCUCUGUGAAGUUGAAACUGAUAAAGCUACAGUUGAGAUGGAAUGCAUGGAGGACGGAUAUCUUGCCAAGAUUGUACAAGGAGAAGGGGCCCAAGGAAUCAAAGUUGGCGAGGUGAUCUGCGUAACUGUUGAAGAUGAGGAAGAUAUUGCAAAGUUCAAAGAUUACACACCAUCAGCAUCAGGUUCUGGUGGUGAUGUAGCUAAAGGGUCAUCUGACUCUAGCCCACCUCCCCCGCCCAAAAAAGAGGCAGUUGAAGCACCAGUUGCUGCUCCCGAGCCAAAGACUUCAAAGCCCAGUGCAGCUCCUCCUUCUGGAGAUCGUGUAUUUGCAAGUCCUCUUGCAAGAAGUUUGGCUGAGGAACACAAGGUACCCCUCUCAAGUAUCAAAGGAACAGGCCCGGAUGGAAGCAUUGUGAAGGCUGAUAUUGAAGAGUACUUGGCUUCUGGUGGGAAGCAAGUUUCUGAACCAGCUCCGAAGGCUAAGGGUGCUGCAGCCCCAGCACUGGAUUACACGGACAUCCCUCAUACUCAGAUACGGAAGGUUACAGCUUCAAGAUUAUUAUUCUCAAAGCAAACUAUUCCUCAUUAUUAUUUGACAGUAGAUACAUGUGUCGACAAGCUCGUUGAGUUGAGAGGCCAGCUCAAUUCAUUGCAAGAAGCUACAGGUGGGAAGCGGAUAUCUAUCAAUGAUCUUGUAAUAAAGGCUGCUGCUUUGGCUCUUCAAAAGAUUCCUCAGGUCAAUAGCUCAUGGACAGAUGAUUGCAUCCGCCAGUAUCACAAUGUGAAUGUUAAUGUUGCAGUGCAGACAGACAAUGGACUAUAUGUUCCUGUCGUCAGGGAUGCGAACAAAAAGGGACUAUCCGCUAUAUCUGAGGAGGUUAAGCUGCUGGCCCAAAAAGCCAAGGAGAACAGCUUAAAGCCAGAAGAUUAUGAGGGAGGGACAUUUACAGUGUCGAAUUUGGGAGGUCCAUUUGGCAUCAAACAAUUUUGUGCCAUCAUUAACCCUCCCCAAUCAGGCAUUCUGGCAAUUGGGUCAGCUGAGAAGAGGGUUGUACCUAGUUCCGGGCCCGAGCAAUACAAGUUUGCAUCUUUCCUAUCUGCAACACUAAGCUGUGAUCAUCGUGUUAUUGACGGUGCAAUUGGUGCUGAGUGGCUAAAAGCAUUCAAAGGCUACAUCGAGAAUCCAGAGUCAAUGUUGCUCUAAAUCAACGGUUUUUUGAUCUUCACUGAAAUAAUUUUUUUCCCCCUUGUGUAAUUCAUCAAGACAAGGGACAUGAACCAAUCCCAUGGGAUUCAGAUGACCGUCACAGAGGAAUUCAUUUUGCAGUGUUCAUUAAUUCAAAGUAGAGUAAAGCUUUGAAAUAAAAGGGGUUGUUUGAGGCAUCAGAUUUUGAAUUUAAUUUUGCUUAUGUAGAGUAUAAAGCCCCAUUGUAUCUCACCUGAAAGUUGACUUCAACUUUGUUUUUAAUCAUAUUACUGUGAAUAUUUGGAAGAUAUAGAUUUUUCCCAUUCUAUUUAA